AAUGACCGAUGUCGAAUAGCUUUUGAACCAAUACUUUACUACUAUCAAUCUAAUGGUAAAUUGAGGAGACCAAUGAAUGUACCUUUGGACAUUUUCCUGGAAGAGAUUCGCUUCUAUCAAUUGGGUUCUUUGGCAAUUGACAAGUUUAAAGCUGAGGAAGGUUUUGCUCCUCGAAGUAAAGAAGCGCCUUUACCUAAAGGUGAUUUUCAGCGAAAACUGUGGCUUCUCUUUGAACAUCCAGAGUCAUCGCAAGGAGCUCGAGUUGUGGCAAUUAUUUCGGUUAUUGUAAUUAUUGUUUCCAUUGUAAUCUUUUGCCUUGAAACUCUUCCACAAUUUAAACAUUACAAAAUAUUUAAAAUUGGUAAUUACACCAAAGUAUGGGAAGACGAUUCUCCAGCAAUGACAGAACCUUUCUUUAUCAUUGAAUCUUUCUGUAUAAUCUGGUUUUGCCUGGAACUUCUCAUUCGACUCUGUACUUGUCCAUCCAAAGCUAAAUUUUUAAAGGUAAUCCUCUCUUCUGUUACUAUGUACCAACAUUACCAAGGAAUCUAGGAAUGGGGAAUGUAUUAUAAAGAAAUCGAACUGGAUAUGGAUAAACAUUUGAAACACACAAAGUCAGUGAACCUUGCGAAGCUUCAACUCACGCUGGUGGUCUUUUCGCCAUUGCCAAAGAUUAUUUUCUAGAGCUUGGAACUUAUGAUCCUGGUUUACUUGUGUGGGGUGGAGAAAAUUUUGAACUCUCUCUCAAGGUUUGGCAAUGUGGGGGCAACCUUUUGUGGGUCCCUUGUUCUCGAGUUGGUCAUGUUUACCGACCUUUCAUGCCUUACUCAUUUGGAUCUUUAGCAAAUAAACGGAAAGGUCCUCUCAUCAUUACCAAUUACAAGAGAGUCAUUGAAGUUUGGUGGGAUCAACAAUUUAAAGACUAUUUCUACACUCGUGAACCUUUGGCUACAUUUUAUGAUCCAGGAGAUUUUUCUGCCCAGUUGGCAA